UCCAGAAUUCGCUCAAAUCCUCCCUUCUCAGCUCCAAAUACACCAACGUAUUCCAGACGAGAGAGAGAGAGAGAGUGAGAGAGAGAGAGAGAGAGAUGGCGCUGUAUUAUGGGUGGAAGAGCUUCAGCGAGGAGGAGGACCGGCCGGAGAAGCCCCGGAGGUUCGGAGUUACAGAGAUGAGGAGUCCCAAUUACAGCCUCAUGAGCAACCAGCCACUUGAGGACAUUCUAGAAUCAAUGGGACAGUUUGUUGAUGGUUUGAAGUUCUCUGGUGGUUCUCAUAGUUUGAUGCCAGAGAGCUUUAUCAGAGAAAUAACUAACUUGGCGCACAAGCAUGAUGUGUAUGUUAGCACAGGAGAUUGGUCAGAGCACUUGCUUCGGAAAGGGCCGACGGCCUUCAAAGAAUAUGUAGAGGAAUGUAAGCGCCUUGGAUUUGACACAAUUGAGUUAAAUGCUGGAUCGCUCAAAGUUCCUGAAGAAACUCUGUUAAGAUUUGUUCGGCUUAUUAAAAGUGGUGGUCUUAAAGCAAAGCCUCAGUUUGCGGUGAAGUUUGAUAAAUCUGAGAUUCCAAUUGCUGGUGAUAGAGCAUUUGGAGCUUAUGUAGCUCCAGUCCCCCAGAGUUCGGAAAUUGUUGAAGACGUAGAUUUGUUGAUCAGACGGGCUGAGAGAUGCUUGGAAGCAGGAGCGGACAUGAUCAUGAUCGAUGCCGAUGAUGUUUGCAAAUAUGCUGACAUGCUCCGCGCCGACAUAAUUGCAAAGAUUAUCGGUCGAUUAGGACUUGAAAAAACAAUGUUUGAAGCUUCAAAUCCUAAGACUUCUGAGUGGUUUGUCAGAAGAUAUGGACCAAGUGUCAAUCUUUUCAUCGAUCACUCACAGGUGAUGAACUUGGAAUGUCUGCGUGGUCCAAGUUUGGGCAGAAUCCGAACUUCUGCUCUGAAAUCUUCUUAUUUCUUGAUGUGAUUUGUCUGGUUGGCCAUGGUGUCUAUAUUGUAAUUGUGUUGAAUUGAUGGCAUCUAUGUUCUGUUGUGUUGUGUUGUGGUUUCUUUGUUAUUAAUGUUCCAGAGACUAUAGAUCAUGGCGGCUGUUGCAGGGCGAGUGCUGCAUGGGUUAUACUAUGAUCAUUAACCCCCGUGUCGGCGGCCAUGAUGAAAUUGUGGAAACAACUGUGUUUGAUCAAAUUGUGCUUUCCUGGUUUGUUCUGGUAGUA